GUAGUUGUGAGUUGCCCAGUGUAGGUGCUAGGAACUGAAUUCUGGUCCCUGGAACCCAUGUAAAAAAACCAGAUGACUGUGCUAGUCAGCUCAGUGUUAGAGAGGUACCAAUGAGCAACACUAUCUCAAAGCAGGUAAACACACACACACACACACACACACACACACACACACACACACGUACAUCUGGUUAUUAUGCAUCUGUCUGUAUCAGAACAGGUAUGAGAAGCAGAAGAUAAGAUCUGAGAGACUCUUCUCUGUUUUACCCUCCAAUAUCCUCUGGGGUGGAGCUCAACAAGAUUCCUUCAGCAGAGAUGAGUUUAGUCCAGGCUACACAUUUUGAGAUGAGGAAGGUGGAUCUCUGCUCGAGCACUGAAGGGACAGAAGUGAUUCUGGCCACGUCGAGUGAUGAAAAGCACCCGCCUGAAAACAUCAUUGACGGGAAUCCAGAAACCUUUUGGACCACCACAGGCAUGUUUCCCCAGGAGUUCAUUAUUUGUUUCCACAAACACGUAAAGAUUGAAAAGCUUGUGAUUCAAAGUUACUUGGUGCGGACUUUGAGGAUUGAAAAGACCACAUCUAAAGAGCCAUUGGAUUUUGAGCAGUGGGUUGAAAAAGAUUUAGUACACACAGAGGGGCAGCUUCAAAAUGAAGAAAUUAUGGCACGAGAUGGCUACGCCACUUUCUUGAGAUUCAUUAUUGUCUCAGCGUUUGAUCAUUUUGCAUCUGUGCACAGCAUUUCUGCAGAGGGACUGACAGUCUCAAGUCUUCCUUAGUGAUUACAACAGCAUGCUCUGAACUACUUUUAGAAUAUAUUUAUUGAAACACAAAGCUAUCUUUGAUAUGUUUACUAUUAAAUAGAUUUGUAUCA